AUGGGUAUUUUUAAUAAUCCAAUUAUAGAUAUAGGUGAUUUUGACAGAAUUCCUCUUUCAGCCAUUUCUACUGUUAUUGAUAGUGGACAAAGACGAAGUAUCCGAAAAGCAAUAAUUGACAAAAAGAAGGGAAAGAAAAAAACUUGUACUACAAACGUUGAUGUCGGCAUACGUGGGAAAGAAAACGUAUCUCAAGUCUCUAAUGUUACAUAUAAUAUAAAUACGACAAUCCCGUUACAUGGAACUCUGAAUGGUAUGCCUGCUUUACUUGAUACAAACUUAUCCAGUAAUGAUAAUUUGCAAAACAACGAUGUUUCCGUAUGUACCCCUGGCGUAUAUUCGAUUAACUCAAAUAUCUUGACGUAUACCAAUUCGACUUCAACAUCAAACAGAACAUCACUUACUAAGUUGUCAGCCGGAAAGCGCAAACUGAAGCACAAGUCACGUGAUUUAUCCCCAGUAGUUAUGCAAAGCUUGGAAUCGGGUGAUCCUAGCAAUGCUGAAAUUUUUGUUCCAGAUCCUUAUAAAGGAAUUUCAAAUGAUUACGUCGAUCAUGGUGAUCAAGUUCUAAUAUGUGAUAUUUGUCAUGCCAAGUUAUGGACUUCCGAAGGUGGAAAAGGUCGAUUGACAUUGGGCAAGUUAUGUUAUGGUUUAUGUUGUGGAUAUGGGAAAGUUGAGUUACCAAAUUUAAAGGAGGCAAAUCCGUCGUAUCAAAAUUUGUUCCACAUGUCAGAUCAAAGAAGCAAGUUCUUCUUAAAGAAUAUCCGACGAUAUAAUUGUAUGUUCUCUUUUACAUCAAUGGGUGGAAAGGUUGAUUCGAAAAUAAACAAGGGAAAUGCUCCAUUCAUAUAUCGAAUUGGUGGUCAAAAUUUUCAUAGCUUAGGUAGUCUAAAACCAGCUAAUGGCAAGCAAGCUAAGUUUUCUCAACUAUACAUAUACGAUACUGAGAACGAGGUAUAUAACAGACAAAGUGUAUUGGGGCAACAUGUAACUUUACAUGAACAGGAGUUGGACGUCGAAAUAAUUGAAUACCUUAAAGAUUUUUUAGAUUCCCAUAAUGAGUUGGUUAAAUCUUACAGAAUGGUACGAAACCAUUUUCAACAAAAUCCUGGAGCAAACCUUAAGCUCCGACUUAUUUACAACAGAGACAAAGAUGGAAGAACUUAUAAUCUGCCAUCCUCGACUGAAGUAGCUGCUUUGAUUGUCGACGAUUUAGAUGCUUCUGUUGAUCGUCGUGACAUUGUUGUUGAAACUCAAGCUGGUAUGCUUAAACGUAUUAGUGAGUUACACCCAUCCUACCUUGCUCUCCAAUAUCCUAUUUUUUUCCCGUUUGGUGAUGAUGGAUAUAGAAUUGAUAUUCCUCAUAGGGAUGGUGUAACAACCAAGAAAAAAAUACGACCAAAAUGCACAAUGCGUGAAUUCUUUGCAUAUCGAAUACAGGAUCGCAUUAGUGGUUAUUCUUUGGUUUUAAACGGAAGAAGACUGUUCCAACAGUUUUUGGUUGACACUUACACUAUGGUUGAAAGUGAAAGGUUAAAUUUCAUACGUGGUAAGCAUAAGAAUCUACGAUCCGAGACAUUUGAAAAGUUACAAAAGUAUAAGCACACAGGUCAAGAAAAUUUAUCGAACACCGGUCAAAAGGUAAUUCUGCCUUCUUCCUUUACUGGAGGGGCUCGGUUCAUGCAACAAAACUACCUUGAUGCUAUGGCUUUAUGUAAAUGGUUUGGAUACCCAGAUUUUUUCAUAACCAUUACAUGCAAUCCUAAAUGGCCUGAAAUUUCAAGAUUUCUUAAAGAUACUUCAAUUAAACAAGAAGACAGACCAGAUAUACUAUGUCGAUUGUUCAAGAUGAAGUUGGAUUCAAUGAUUAAAGAUUUAAAGGAUAACAAUUUUUUUGGUGAAAUAAACGCAGUUGUUUAUACCGUUGAAUUUCAAAAACGUGGCCUACCUCAUGCACACAUUUGUUUAUUCAUGAAAGUGGAUCAUAAACUUCCCACCGUAGAUCACAUAGAUCCUUUUAUUUCAGCUGAAAUUCUAGACAAAUCCGAAGAUCCGCAGUUAUACUCACUUGUGUCUGAGUAUAUGAUUCACGGUCCUUGUGGGAAUGCUAACUUGAGCUGUCCUUGCAUGGUUGACAAAAGAUGUUCUAAACGAUUUCCUAAAAAGUUUUCUGCUCAAACUAUUAUUGACUCAAGUGGUUUUCCGGUUUAUCGAAGAAGAGAUUGUGGCAUUACUGUUAUAAAGAAAGGUGUUCAACUUGACAAUCGAAGUGUUGUACCGUAUAACAAAAGUCUUUUAAGACGAUACCAAGCUCAUAUUAACGUUGAAUGGUGUAACCAAGCAGGCUCCAUAAAGUACCUUUUCAAGUACAUUAACAAAGGUCCUGACCGGGCUACCGCCGUUGUGUUUUGCGAAGCAGAAGGGACUAGCAUUCAGAAACCAAAAGACGAAAUAAAAGAGUACUACGAUUGUAGAUACAUAUCUGCUUGUGAAGCUUCUUGGAGAAUUUUCUCCAACGAAGUGCAUUAUAGAUAUCCUGCUGUAAUGAGGCUUCCUUUUCAUUUACCUGGUCAGCAUAAUGUUGUAUAUGGUGCAGAUGAUGAUAUUGAAGAUGUCUUGAGCAAACCAUCUGUUGCUUCUUCGAUGUUUUUGAAAUGGUUUGAAUUAAAUCAACGUGAUGACGAAGCAUGUAAAUUGACCUAUGUCGAGUUCCCACAAAAGUAUGUUUGGAAUGUAAAAGAUAGACGCUGGCAAAUACGAAAAAGGUAUCAAACUGUUGGUAGAAUUCAUUCCGUUUCAAUUGCUUCUGGUGAACCUUAUUAUUUAAGGAUUCUACUAAACAAAGUCAGGGGUCCCAAAUCAUUCGAAGAUAUUCGAACAGUUAAUGGAGAGUUAUUCCCCACUUUUAAAGACGCAUGCUAUGCAAUGGGUCUUCUAGAUGAUGACAACGAAUAUGUUGAAGCAAUUAAAGAAGCAAGUUUUGAUGGUCAUUGUCGGUAUUUAAGAGCAUUAUUUGCCACAAUGCUGUUAACAAAUACUAUAACAAGACCUGAAUUUGUUUGGGAUAAAACGUGGCAUUUAUUAGGAGACGAUAUUUUGUACAGACGUCGGAAAGAGACACAUAUCCCUGAUUUAACGCUUCCUGAAGAUCAACUGAAGAAUCAGAUUUUGUUUGAAAUUGAGAAUUAUUUAAUUUCCAAUGGUUCAUCUUUAAGUAAGUUUACUACAAUGCCUUAUCCUGAUCAUCACUCUUUACGUCAAAUUACCAACCGUCUAAUCAACGAUGAAUUAUCCCAAGACACAAAUCAGUUGCAAACUGAGUUUUGUCGAAUGAAAGAAUAUCUAACUGAAGAGCAGUCGAAGGUUUUUAAUGAGAUUAUGCAUGCAAUCAAUAGCCAAAAUGGAGGGUUGUUUUUUGUAUAUGGUUAUGGUGGAACUGGGAAGACUUUUUUGUGGAAGCCAUUGGCUUCUGCAAUUAGAUCUAAAGGACAGAUUGUGUUGAAUGUUGCUUCGAGUGGUAUUGCUUCGUUAUUGCUAUCUAAAGGAAGGACGGCACAUUCUAGGUUUAAAAUCCCCAUUAACUUGACAGAAGACUCCAUGUGCCACAUUAAGCCAAACGACGAUGUUGCUGACCUACUAAAAGAGGCAAAGUUGAUUAUAUGGGACGAAGCCCCUAUGGUCCACAAGCAUGCUUUUGAGGCACUAGAUAAAACAAUGAAAGACGUUCUAUGGGUCACCAGUCUGAACAACCAUUUGGCGGUAAAGUUAUUGUUUUUGGUGGGGACUUUAGACAAAUCCUCCCGGUCAUUCCUAAUGGUACUAGACAACAAACUGUCAAUGCAUCUUUGA